AUGGGCGGCGCAGCAGCGGCGGAUUAUCUACCCCAGACUACCGGUGGCCAACAAGCCCCGUUGACGAGAAACGUCGGGCCCGAGGUGGUUUUGGACGGCAUGCGGGAGGCCCUCAUUGAGGAAAUGAUGGAUGGACCGUUUGACCCCAUUGCGUGGUGGAAAGUCAUGUCUCCCGUGACGAGCGAUUCGUCUCCCGUGUCGCAACAUGCACCGCAACAACUCCAACAAUUGCAACCACAGCAACAACAGCCGCAACCCCAACAGCAGCCCCUCAUCUCACCCCCAGUGGCCCGCGGGCGCAGGCGCUCGGACCAACGCGGGGAGCCCAUGAACAGGGACAGGGGCAAGGGCAAGGGCAAGGGCAGGGGCAGAGCGGAGGGUUAG